GUCGUAUUGUGCUGUGAGAAAACCCAAAAACUGAAACGCGCGUCUCACUCACUCACUCACUCUGUGGACCUUAGACAUUGCCCUCUCUUGCCUCACUCCAAACGGCGCACAUCACCGGCGCGGCGGCGAUCUCCUUCACCGGCGGCUUUUUUUUUUUUUUACAACUCAAAUUUUGCGUUCGCUUCACUUCCUCUGGAAAUCUCUUUCUAUUCGCUGAUUUCAUUGUUGUUGUUUAACCACCACAGCGAUGGCAACGAUUUUGAGGAGCAGCGGAGGAAGAUUGGGCAGCGUUUUAGGGUUCUUCAAUAGGCUCAUUCAUUCGCUGCCCCAAUCUCCUCCUUUAUCUGCGACCAUUGAUUUUAGUUCCCCAACUUUCUCUUCUUCUUUUGGGGGCUCUAUGGAGCUUAUGGCUGUCCCAAAACGCAAGGUUUCUCCCCAUAAAAGAGGAAUAAGGAAUGGACCAAAAGCUCUUAAACCUAUUCCUGUCAUUGUCCUCUGCAAGAGUUGUGGUCGUGCUAGGCUUCCACACUUCUUCUGUUGCGGUGGGAAACCAAAUCAAGGUAAUACUGGUGAACAGAAAGGUAGUACAAGCUAAUCAAGCUGUUUGCGAUGCACCAGAUGUUGGUUCAUGUGCAGGACCACUCGUAAGACUAGGUCUGUUUGGUAGAAAUGUUUUAUUUCCUUGUUUCUUAAGCAAUGCCAUUAUUGAAUCCGAGGUCUUUUGCUUUAAAUGAUAAAUGGAGUGGUUGGUGGGUAAAAUACUAAAAUUUAUGGAUUUUGGAGAUGAUAUUUUACUUCCAUUGAAGAAUAGCAGCUUUGGUGCUUUACUGUUGAUCUCAUGGCUAAUUUAUUUUUCACCAAAAUAUUGUUCCUUUGAAGCUAAA